AUGGAUCAAGUUCAGACAAAAGCCCUGGCAGCGAUACAGCCUAUCAUCUACCAAAUCACAUCCAGCAAGAAUGCCUCACCACGCUUCGUUGCCGAGUUGAUCAAGGGCGCCAUCUCUGACCGCGGAGCGUAUAUAUUCACAGAGUUGCUGCAACUGCCCACCGUACAGGCUUUGAGGGGAACCGAAUUCGAGCCCUGGUUGACACUCUUGGAGAUAUUCAGCUGGGGCACGUACGAGGAAUACAAGGCCAACCCGUCCCUUCCCCAGUUGGACGUCCACCAAACGCUCAAACUUCGCCAACUCACCCUCCUCACGCUCGCCUCCCCCUUCUCUCCGCCCACGCCAGAUGACACCACGAACAACCUAACUUACGCCGCGCUCUUGUCCCGCCUCCAGCUCAGCAACCCGGACGAGCUAGAAGGCUUGAUAACGGCCUCCAUCGACGGCAACCUCCUCACCGCCCGCCUCUACCCUACCUCCUCCCCACCAGCCGUUCACAUCAUCUCGGUCGCCCCGCUCCGCGAUCUCCGCCCACAAUCUCUCCCGACUCUCCUCCAAAUCCUGCAAACAUGGGAAUCACGCUGCGUCUCUGUGGUCUCCGACCUCGAGUCCCAAAUCGCCACGAUUCGCGCCACUGCCCAACAACGUGCGCUGAAGGAGAAGAAACGCCAGGAUCUCGUUGACUCGCUCGUGCUGAGCACCGACAAGCCCUCAAACGGCAACGGCGUUGGCGCAGGACGAGCGACCAGGGGAGCUGGACAGAAGCUGGGCAGCAAACGGGAUUUGGACCAGCAUAUCGAGGGUGAAGACGAUGACUACGAGGAGGAAUACGAGGGAAUGGAUCUAGAUGAGGGCUUAAGUGAAAGUGUUGGAUUCCCGGGAAGUGGAACCGGCAGUGGGAGUCGAGGGGGAGGGGGUUCGCGUGGUGCAAAGAGGAAUCGUGGACGGGGGUCGAAGUGA